AUGGCAGUAUCUAGCAGGAUACAAAAGGAAACUCAACGCAUGCUUCAGAAGCCAGAUCCAGGAAUUAGCGCCACUCCCCAUGAAGAUAACUUGAGAUAUUUCAAUGUUAUCAUCGCAGGACCGCAAGACUCUGCUUAUGAUGGUGGAGUUUACAAAUUAGAGCUCUUCUUGCCGGAGGAAUAUCCAAUGACUCCUCCGAAAGUGAGAUUUCUCACAAAGAUUUAUCAUCCCAAUGUAGACCGUCUGGGAAGGAUCUGCCUUGAUAUCCUCAAGGAUAAGUGGAGCCCUGCUUUGCAGAUCCGAACGGUUCUUAUCAGCAUUCAAGCACUUAUGUCAGCUCCGAACCCAGAUGAUCCUCUCAACAACGAGGCCGCAGAACAUUGGAAACGCAAUGAAAAAGAAGCUCUUGAUAUGGCAAAAUCUUGGAAUCGGCAGUAUGCCAUGAACUGA